UCGACAUUUGAGGGGUUCACCCUACUCUUCCAAAAUUCUGUUAUUUUCUACACUAUAGAAUUAUUUUCAUAUGUGUGUUUGCAUUUUUGUUUUCCUGUUUGCCCCCUGGCGUUGUGAUCGUGAUAUUAGCCUUUCGUCAGUUUUGAUUUCCCCUAAUUUGUUAAGUUCCUUGUUUAGUCCUCUGGAAUUAUGCUUCUAUAUUUUACUCAUUUUAUUUUGCUAGUAGCACUCAACUUAUGGUUCGUUUGUAACAUUGUAUUAGGCUAGUUGACUAGUUAUUGUUUAUACUGCUUUGUGAUAAUUAUUAUGGCUUCUAGUCAGUUUCAGUUUCGUUUAAUAGUAGCUUUGUUUUGUGUCCCUUUCAGUUAUGUUUAGUAGUAGCUUUUUUUGCAUCCAAUUUAAUUGAUUUGCUGCCUUAAGUUCAGUAUUAUUUGUUCUUUUUUAGUUAAGAUGGCAAGGAAGAAGCGUAAAGCGGUUAUAGAUGUAGGUAGUUCUGAUGAUUCUGACAAGGAUUUUGAAGCUUUAUCUGAUUCAGAAUCUGAAGAUUUAGAUGAUGGUCACAAUGAGAGUGAUCGCUCAUAUUCUGAAGAUAAUCAGUCUAUCCAGCGUGCUGCUUAUAAACAAGUUCUUAAGGAGUAUACUGAAAUCAAAAUUUUGAAGGAGAAGUUGGCUUUGGCUCUGAGUCGUGAGGUUACACUUUAUCUGAUUUAUUUUGUAGUUUGUAUUUUGUAUGUUUCAUUCGUAUUUUUCAGUUUUAUUUACAUGUUUUUGUUCAAUCUAAAUUUUUCUGUAGGAGAAAAAGGCUCACACUGUCAAAAAGUCUAAAGAUGCUUUUACCAGAUUCUCAGUUUCAAAUUUCUCAUCUGUUAUUGAGUCAUUGUCUCCAGAACAUAAGAAGGUCAUUGAUGAUUUUGGAUUUGGGUGCCUUCUUCAGUUUGACAAAUGCUUUGUGCCUAACAAGUUUGCUAAGUGGGUUGCUAGACUUGUGAACUAUAGGUCUGGUGACAUAGUAAUUGAUGGCAAAGUUAUCUCUCUUACCAGGGAAUCAGUCCACUUAGUUCUUGGUGUUCCCAUAACUGACUUGUCGUUUCCUACUGAUCCUUCCACUGGAAAAGCUAUUGUU